GUUGCCAACAGCAAAGCGCUCGCCUUAGUUCAUCAAGACAAAGAGCGAGAAGCCACAGACGGUCAUGAUGGAACAUGGGUCGCCCACCCAGGACUGGUACCGAUCGCCAAAAAGGUCUUCGACGAGUUGAUGCCCACUGCGAAUCAGAUUGAGAAACAGCUUCAAAGCUUCUCUGUCACGAACCAGGACAUGACAGCUAUUCCCGAAGGAACUCGUACCGACCAGGGCUUCCGACACAAUAUUAGCGUUACCCUUGGAUACCUUGACUCAUGGCUACGUGGUGUUGGCUGUGUACCGCUCUACAACCUAAUGGAGGAUGCUGCUACAGCAGAAAUCAGUCGCUCACAGCUCUGGCAAUGGCUGAGACAUGAUGCCCGACUAGAGGAUGGCCGAACCAUCGAUGCUCAAUUGGUCAAGCAGACAAUCGCUGCGGAAACCGAGAGGCGACUCAUCCGAGCAGGAUCAGUUGUCAGCAGGCUUCCUGAAGCAGCUGAACUCUUGGAGAAAUUCGCCCUUGAGGAGCACAUGAGCGAUUUCCUCACACUGGACGCCUAUGACAAGCUUGUUUCCGAAGGACAUUAG